GUUCAAGGAAAACUCGGAGCAUGAAAACUUAUUCCGGAUAAGCGGGAAUCAUUUAUUCCAUCUCUUCAAAAAAGGAAAAGCAUCACAUUUGUAUUUCGCAAAUACAACCAUUUUUUAUUUUACUCGAAGUCACUAAUUUGAUUCUUUACUGAUGGACGAUUUGGGUGUUCCUGAUGCAUUUAACUACCCCCUCAGUCCUCGUAUUGUUAUGUUUGAUGCUCUGCUAGCUGAUCUUGAGAACUCAGCAUUCCCUCUUGCUCGCUCUCCCGUCCUGCUGACGUCUGACCCUCCACUGACCUCUGACCCUCCAUUGACCUCUGACCCCUCAUCCAGUGCUCAGGAUUCUGUUCAAAUCCGACCACCCCCUCCGGCAUACACACCGCAACAAACUGUUUCUGCUGCAAUGAAAUCAGGAUCUCAGAACUCUGACCCAAACAAACUUUACAGUACAGUAUGUAAGCCACACUCUCCCCGCACAGCAGGCUCUUCUCCAGCUUUCUCCUCCUCAUCAGUAUUGGGUGGAGGUCUGAGUGAGCUCGAUCAUUUACUACAGGAGCUCAAUGCUACACAGUUCAACAUAACAGAUGAGAUUUUGGCCCAAUUCCCCACCACGAAAAAAGAUGACAAAUCUCCAAAGUGUGAUUCUUCUUCUACUGGAGCGGCGAAACCCUCGGCUACAUCUGCAACUCUAGAGCUGGACAAACUAAUGGCAUCUCUGUCAGACUUUAGAGUCCAAAGCACGCCUACAGCCUCUUCAAGUCCUGUGAGUCCUUCGACCCCUUCGAUACAGCAGACUGGAUCUUCGCUGGCUGCCACCACUGGAGGCUCCUUGGACAGCAUGCUGGGUCUCCUUCAAUCAGAUCUGAGCAGACAGGGAGUGUCCACCUCCUCUAAAGGAAACUGUUCUGCCUGUCAAAAACCAGUUGUGGGACAGGUUGUGACAGCUCUAGGACGGGUUUGGCAUCCAGAGCAUUUUGUUUGCUCUGAGUGUGAAUGUGAGCUUGGCAAUCGUAAUUUCUUUGAGAAAGACGGUCGACCAUACUGUGAGACAGAUUACUUUACCCUGUACUCGCCUCACUGCGCACAAUGCAACAAGCCCAUACUCAACAAAAUGGUGACUGCGCUGGAUAAAACCUGGCAUCCUGAAUGCUUUAACUGUGUGAAAUGCAGCCGAUCAUUUGGAGAUGAAGGUUUUCAUGACCGUGAGGGGCUGCAAUACUGCCAGCAGUGUUUUCUGGCCCUCUUUGCCUCUCGCUGUCAAGCUUGUUCCCAACCCAUCAUUGAGAAUUACAUCUCGGCUCUAAAUGCUCUGUGGCAUCCACAAUGCUUUGUUUGUAGGGAAUGCUAUUGCCCAUUUGUGAAUGGAAGUUUCUUUGAGUUUGAAGGGCAGCCCUUGUGUGAAGCCCACUACCACCAGUCCCGAGGCAGCAUGUGCCAAGCAUGCCAGCAGCCCAUCCUGGGGCGUUGUGUCAGUGCGAUGGGUGCCAAGUUUCAUCCCCACCAUCUGGUGUGCCACUUCUGCCUAAAACCACUUAGCAAGGGCUGUUUCAAAGAGCAGGAAAGCAAACCUUACUGCCAUCCCUGCUUCAUCAAACUCUUUGGCUAAGGAUAAUGAGAGGAAAAUGAGAAAUUCUCAACUACCAUACAAUAAAAAUGUAUAAAAAUGCAAAUGUUGAUAGGACAAGGAGAUGCCAAAUGCUUCAACUAUGGUGAAUACAAUAAAUUAACGCAUGAAGAGGAUGGAAAUCCAAAGUUUUAGUAAGCAAAACAUUUUAUUUAGUAAGCAAUACAAAUAAAUGACUUGAUGUUAACGUCAGUGUGAACACCUCUUUAUACUUUAACAUGCUCAGUGUAGUAAGAGCAGUUUCGUAUGGGGAUCGGGUGGACAUGUUGCAGUUACUCAUUGAGUUCUUGUUGGGGGGAGGGUGGUGGUGGUUGUUGUACUUGGAAGUUUUAAGGGGAGUCUUCAAGUUGAGUCAAAAAGGUAAAAAAUUAUUUCCCAAAUUAUAUCUCAAUUUACUUUCUCUUAUGCCUUCCCGCAUGUAUAUGACAUUUUUUUGUUAAAAACAAAUUAAUAAUGUUCACGCCUACAGAUCACUACAAUGGACCGCUAUUCAGAAAGCCAUCUCUUUCUUAUGCAUGGGUCUUGAUGGCAUAGUUGCAAUGAAAACAUAAAGGAAAACAUCUUGACUGUGCUUGUCGUAAUUCAUGCAGGAAAGGGUUAAAAUUUCAUUAUUUUAGCCUAGCUUAGUUCGUAGGCUUCUAGGUGGUAAAGCUGCAAAUAGAACAUCAAUUUAUCAUUAAAGUAAUUCAAAUGACUUCCGCGGGUUAACUUCUUUGGAAAUUAAAUGUUUGCAAGAGAAAGCAAUAUUUUGAGCUAUUUUACUAAAUAUGCCAAAUAAAGAAUUUAGCACUUGAAUGUGCUUGUUUUCAUUUUAUUUACGUUUACACAUCUGGCAGACGCUUUAAAGAGACUUACAUUGCAUUAUCCUAUACAUUUGUUUCUAAGUAUGUGCAAUCCCCUGGGAUCGAACCCACGACCUUGCCAUGAUCUCACCACUGAGCUACAGGAAAGCAUUUCAAUAUCACUAAAUAAGCUCAAAAUGUUAUUUAGUUAAUUACAUAUAGGGCUUAGCUUGUAGAAAGUCCUAUACAUCUGGGAUGGCACAAGGGUGAGAAAAUUCUGAGAUAAUGUUCAUAUUUGACUCAAUUAUUUGUUAAAAACAUGUUCAAAAUUAUAUAUUUUUUGCCUUUUUUACAAAUCAAACAUUUCAUUUUACACUUCAGCUUUGUGCUGCAACAUAUGUUCAUUGCUAAAGCAUUUUUUUUAAAUAUUUUUCUUUUCCAUUAUUAAUGUAGAGACAUUUGUUUUUGUAAUGCAAACUAUAUACAAAAAAACAAAUCAGUGUUUGCAUCAUUUAUGAUCAGUGCUGUAUCAUUAUUCAGUAUCCAAUAAAUACAUUCGUUUGUAGUACAUUAUAUUUGUACAACGUUACACAAAAUAAAAUAAAAGUCAAUUGUAAGUUGUUAUGUAAAGAUUGUUUUGUAAAUAUCUCGCAAGAAUGUAGCUGAAAAGAUGGAAAGCGUGACGCUGCUUCCUUCCAUUGUUUUUUUCCCUUUAUUAUGAUUUAUGAUUAACGACAAAAAGACAAUAAUAACAUUCAUCCUCCACAAUCUGUAGUGAAUUGUACACCAUAAAUUCUACAUAUAUUACAUAAACAAACAAACAAAAGAAAAAAAAGAAGAAAAGAAAAGAAAGAAAACGCGGUAAAAAUCACACUGUAAAACCAAAAUCCAUCAAGAAAGAUUUGAAAAUCCAUUAUUUGUGCCUGUUAUUCGUGAGAAUCCACUAGAUGGCACCAUGUUCAUUGAUAUGUAGUAGACAAGACAAGCAAGUAGCAGUAGUAAUGUAGUAGCUAAUUUAAAUGAUAAAAAGAUAAAUGAUGUUAUUUUAUUUAUCCGGUAAACCCGUUACAGCAGUAAAACAUGAUGUAUGUGAUAUAGUAAAACAAAUAACACUGCCGUGCAUUGUAAGUAUGAAAUAGCAGUAUACAGUCAUAUAGUAAAGACGAAUUGGUUUGAUUUUUCCCAUGAUUUUAAAGUGAAUGAGCUGUGUUCUGAUCAUGUGCAUUUAAUCUACCUUAAAUUAUUUCACAUUAGCGAUGUGUACACAAUUAUUAAGCCUAAACGAUUGCUUGACAAGCCUGAGUUUUAACAGUUCCGUAUGACAAUAAAUACAUUUUCAAGUCUAACCAUCUUUAACUGGAGCCAAAACGUUUCUGCGUACUC